AUGGCACAUUCCCUAUUUCAGAAAAUGCCUGAACGAGAUGUAGUGAGUUGGAAUUCCAUGAUUUCAUGGUAUGUUUGUUCUGGGCGGAGCGACUUAGCGAGGGAAGGAUUUCAGGAAAUGUUAUAUAUUGGAGUGAAGCCGAGCAGUUAUACUUACUCGAUUAUUACAUCUCUGGUGUUUGACGCCCUACUCGGCAAGGAGCUUCAUGGUAGGAUUAUUACAAGUGGCUUAAUCAGGUCGAAUGUCGUUCUCGGAAAUUCUUUAAUCGAUAUGUAUGGUAAGAUUGGUAUUAUCGACUAUGCUGUUCGUGUGUUCAUGAGUAUGGAGUAUUUGGACAUGAUCUCUUGGAAUUCAUUAAUUACGGGUUGUUGUAGAGCAGGAAUUAGUGAGUUAGCACUUACUAAGUUUUCUUCAAUGAGAUCCUUAGGAUAUUCUCCUGAUCAGUUCACAUGUUUUGCAGUAAUCACUUGCUGUACAAAUUUACAGAACUUGAAAACAGGUAGGCAGCUCUUUGCUCUCUGUAUCAAGGCUGGCUUUCUUAGCAAUUCCAUUGUCUCAAGUGCCCUUAUUGACCUGUUCUCGAAAUCCAACAGACUGGAUCAUUCAGUUCAGCUCUUCACCGAACUCGACAGAUUUGACUCUGCAAUUUACAAUUCUAUGAUUUCGAGCUAUGUAUCUCACGGCAUAACUGAGAUUGCUAUCGAACUCUUCGUGCUCAUGCGGAGGGAGGAUGUUAGGCUUACUGAGUUCACCUUAAGCAGUAUUGCGGCAUCAAAAAUUUUCAAAAUCGCUAAGAAAAAGAGACUUUCAACGAUUAAAAAAAAAUUGAACACCAUAUGCAGUCUCAUGCAUUACUCUUCUGAUUUUUCAAGUAUGCUUGAUCCAAAUUUCUUAAGAUUUUUCAACUAUGCUUGA